AAAAUAGAAUGGAUAAGAAAAAUGAAAAUUAAAAAUGGUGGUAGAAAGGGAGGGCCGUGAGAUUGGGAAACUGGCCAGACGGGUUGCUCGGAAUCCAAAGCCGUUCGAACAAACCCUUUCUUUCUACCUACCUACCUACGGUACCUAGUUUGUCUCGUCGUUUCCCAGCCCUUCCUUCCUUCUUCCAAUCCUUCCUCUCACUCCACUCCUCCUGGAAGCCUGAAGAGGGAAAAGGCCACAGUGUAAUUCGUACCCCGCCACUCACUCCCGGCCGCCCUCCCAAGUACAAUCCGCGUCUCCCGCCUUGUCACCCUUAAUUUUUUCUUUAAUUUUUUUUUCCUGCCGCUCUCCCGGAGCUUGGAAGCUUCCUUCGCUUAUGAAUUGGUAACACUCGCCGUGACGUGGCCGGCCAUGACAGCCUCUCGCCGCCGCCAGGCGCAGCUCAAGUCGCAGCAAAAUGCCGUUGCUGCCGCCGCCGCCAGCAGCGGCAAAGACCGGAGGGAGAGGGCCGCCGCUGCCGCCGCCGCCGCGACGACGGCGAAGCCGGCGACCCGCGUCAUCAACGCAGCUCCCUCGCUCGAGAAGGCCGAGAUGUACGGAAUCGACGACAACCGCCCUGUUUUCAGCCGCGCAAUGGCCCUCGCCGGGCGCAUGUUCAUCGAGACUAUCCCGCAGUGGCUGGCCGUCGGGGCAAUGCUCUCCCUCAUCUUUGGCGGGUGCUGCUCCAACGUGUUCGCCCUCGAAGCUAUUGUGAAGGUCGAGCCGGGUAGUGGGACUCUCCUUACUUUUGUCCAAUUUCUCUUCGUGGCCAUCGUUGGGCUCCCCUCGCAGUUUGACCGCACGCGGCCGCCGUUUUUCCUCAAGCCGAAUCGCGUUCCUCUCCGGAGGUGGCUAGUCAACAUCGUCUUGUUCUUCAGCAUCAACGUCCUAAACAACCACGCUUUCAGCUACGAUAUAUCGGUGCCGGUGCAUAUUAUUUUACGUUCGGGAGGCAGCAUCACCACCAUACUCGCUGGCAGUCUGUAUGGCAAGACGUACUCGCGUAUCCAGGUUGUGGCUGUUCUGCUCCUCACGGUCGGAGUCGUCACUGCCGCCUGGUCUGAUGCACAAUCCAAGGGAACCGCCAACGGUGAACACCACGACGACUCGAGCUUCGCCACCGGUCUCUCGAUCCUGUUCAUCGCACAGGUCUUGUCCGCCAUCAUGGGCCUCUACACCGAAGAGACCUACAGAAUAUACGGGCCCCAGUGGAAGGAGAACCUCUUCUACUCGCAUCUUCUCUCGCUUCCGUUAUUCCUCCCUUUCCUGCCGUCCCUCACGAGGCAGUUCAUGAAGCUCGCAAACAGCGCGCCGGUUCCGCUUCCAGUGCGAUUCCUCGCUGAGUAUACAAAUAUAUCACCCGGCGUCCAGGAAGCGCUCGAGAUGAUCCGCAUACCGAGCCAAUUGACCUUCCUGGCCCUCAACGUGCUGACCCAGUACGCAUGCAUCCGCGGAGUUAACCUCCUCGCUGCGGCGUCGUCAGCGUUGACCGUAACCAUCGUCCUCAACAUCCGUAAACUGGUUAGCCUGCUGUUGAGCAUCUGGCUUUUCGGAAAUCGGCUGGCGCCGGGCACGCUGCUGGGAGCCGUCGUGGUUUUCUUCGCAGGAGGCUUGUACUCGUUUCACGGGAAGAAAAGGCCACCGAAAGCGAGGGGGAAAGCUACUACGGACUACCACGUCUCCCACGUCUCCCACGAUCCCUCGUCUAGUUCAAACUCCCCGAUGCAUACUGCCACCGAAUUUCCGGGUGACCAGUACACGGACGACGAGGAUGACGCUAAUACGGACCCCGAUGUUUUGUCCGCCGACAAUCGUACAACAAAGGCCGACAGCCCCAAGGUCAUCUCUGCUCCGGGGGGAAGUGACGGGCAAGCAGACGAACCCACAGACACUGCGGAAAUGCAUGAAGGAAUGCUCCCGAGAGACCUGCCUAAGAAAACAGCCUUCUACGAUCCCGUUGCCGAAAAGGAAAUGACUCAGACAGACGCCAAGCUGUUCUACCAAAGAAUUCAGAUGGACGCGCAAAAGGCAGGGCCCAAUUCAUGGGCUCAGAUGCAGUCAACUCCACUGUCCAGUCCUCUCAUGACGGCUAGUGCUUCGUCGGCUACGAACCAGUUCCCCCUCGACUUGGGUUCCAGUUCCGUCCCGCCGACGGGUCUGAACAGGUUCGCGGGGUUGCCUCCUAGUGCAGGGUACGAGAAUAACGUCGAGAAUACUCCGAAGAGGGAUCCAAGCUCCUUCAACACCGGCGAUCCGGCCAGCCGGGGCAGCUACACCCAGCUUAACAGAAUGGGUGCACCCGUUGGUCGCCCAGAUUCGGCAGCCCAACAGUUGCCGCCUAUAGGCGCCGAGCCUGUCGCCGGGGUCGGCAGCUCCGCUUACCUGGACGCUGACCCUGAAGUUACGUCUGAGAUAAUGACGAUAUUUAGAAAUAUCCGCAAGGUCCUGGACGUCCGCCGCAAGUACAUAAGCCUGUCCCUCCAGGGACCAGAUGAUAACCCAAAUGACGAUCCAAACUGGCCCAUCUACCCCCCUCCCCCUGAGCCGGCUUGGGUUGAGGAUCGAGAGAGGAAUGGUACACAUACCGCGAACAGUGUCUCGAACAGCAUACAGAACAGUAUGGUCUUGUCACCCGACAGCCAGAACGGUCCCCCCGAACCCCCCAGCCAACCCUGGGAUGUCCAGCUUGAUAAGGGCGGCAAGAGGAGAAAGGCCGGCCAAGACAUCGGGGAGGACUUCGAUAUGAAUGACCUCCAGCCUCUACCUAGAGCAAGCGAAAUGACGUAUAGCCUGGACGAGUUUGGAGUGUAUCAGGUCUACGAGAACAAGCAAGCCGAGGAGGCCAAGUCUCCCGCGAUCAAGGUCCCGACGAUCAAAGAAUACUAUAUGGACCUGGAGGACAUAGUCGCCGUUUCGUCUGACGGCCCGAGCAAGAGCUUCGCCUUCCGACGAUUGCAAUAUCUCGAGGGGAAAUUUAAUCUCUACAUCCUGUUGAACGAGUACCAAGAGACAGCCGACAGCAAGAGCGUCCCACAUCGCGACUUCUACAACGUGAGGAAGGUCGAUACCCACGUCCACCACUCGGCUUGCAUGAAUCAGAAGCAUCUCUUGCGGUUCAUCAAGAGCAAGAUGAAGAAGAGCCGGGAUGAGGUUGUGCUGUAUAGAGAUGGCAAGUACUUGACGCUGGCAGAGGUCUUCGAGAGCAUCAACUUGACCGCAUACGAUCUCAGCAUAGACACCCUCGAUAUGCAUGCCCACACUGACUCAUUCCACCGCUUUGAUAAGUUCAACCUGAAAUACAACCCCGUCGGAGAAUCGCGCCUGCGCACCAUUUUCCUUAAGACGGAUAACCACAUUCAGGGGCGAUACCUUGCUGAGAUCACCAAGGAGGUCAUUUCUGACCUGGAGUCCAGCAAGUAUCAGAUGGUGGAGUGGCGGAUCUCCAUCUACGGCAGGUCGGUUGACGAGUGGGAUAAACUGGCCGCAUGGGUCGUCGAUAACAAGCUUUUCUCCCACAACGUUCGGUGGCUGAUCCAGAUCCCACGACUGUAUGAUGUAUACAAGGCGGCCAAUCACCUCGAGUCGAUGGAAGAGAUCAUCCGUAAUUUGUUCCAGCCCCUUUUCGAGGUCACCAGGGAUCCUUCGAGCCGCCCAAAGCUCCACAUCUUCCUGCAGAGGGUCGUGGGUUUCGACAGCGUGGAUGACGAGAGCAAGGUUGAGCGGAGACUCUUCAAGAAGUUUCCGGUUCCCAGGGCAUGGGACACGAAACAGAACCCUCCCUACAGCUAUUGGAUCUACUACCUGUUCGCAAACAUGGCCUCUCUGAACUUCUGGCGAAAGCGGAGAGGCUUCAACACUUUCCUGCUUCGGCCGCACUGCGGAGAGGCUGGAGACAGCGAGCAUCUUGCCGCCGCCGCUCUCUGCUGCCACAGUAUCAGCCAUGGCCUGCUGCUGCGCAAGGUGCCUCUCCUGCAAUACAUAUUCUAUCUCGAGCAGAUUGGCAUAGCGAUGUCACCUCUCAGCAACAAUGCCCUCUUCUUGACCUACGAAAGGAAUCCAUUCUACCAGUACUUCAAACGAGGCCUGAACGUCUCGCUGUCCACGGAUGAUCCGCUGCAGUUUGCAUUCACCAAGGAGCCACUGAUUGAGGAAUAUGCUGUCGCGGCGCAGAUAUACAAGCUCAGCUCUGUCGACAUGUGCGAACUGGCCAAGAAUUCGGUCAGGCAGAGCGGCUACGAGUAUUCAAUAAAGCAGAAAUGGCUUGGACCCGACUUCCAUAUGCCGGGAGCUCGCGGAAACGUCAUGGCCAAGACGAACGUGCCGGACAGGAGGGAGGAGUUCCGCUACCAGACCAUUCUGGAAGAACAGCGAAUGGUCGAGCGUUAUACUUCUCUCGCCCCUGAAGCGCCAGCCUCGGAGACAGUGACCAACGACGUCAACAGCAGCAGCCCCCAGCAGGGGGUGCCUCCGAGAUCGCCCGCGCUCUCGCUGAAGACAAUUACCACCCCCGGAGUCGCAGCGCAGGUCGGCGAGGCCCAAGGCACCUGGACGCCGGUAGACGGCAUACGCGAUCUGCACCUGGAUGCGAACGAGCCGAGGUACUUCCCCGGCGUGAUAACGCGCAGUCAGCGGAAGAACAGCAAGCGUCAGGACUCGAUGCACGAGAGUGAUGACUCUUCUGGACGGAAAUUGGGAAGGGUGGAUAGGGCGAUGACGUCUUCGCCGCCCAAGGAGUAGAAGGGGUUAGAACCCGCGAGGGCUUGGAAGGGGGCCCCUGGCUGGUCUAUAUUGGCGUUGGUAUUUUGCUAACCGAGCGGAGUGAAGUAUGCUGUGAACAAAUUGUAAUCGGUUUGGUUCGAGGUUUCCACUCUUCUGCUUUUAGACAUGGAAGGACAUGGGUUCUGGCUGAAAUACUUCUACGCCUUUAUUUGAUGAUUUGUCGUUAGGAACAGGUUAAGAGGACCUUGUGCUGGGAAGAAACUAAUAAGACUAACAUCGCCUAAUUCUUGG